CGAACGUCACCUAAACACGGAAGUGAAGGAAAUAUGAACAACAAUCCUUGUUGUAGCCUAAUCAAAGAACUUUGACAGUUCUUUGGCCUUGCCUACUGCUCUCACAUGAAUAUGUAGUCCAACAUAAAUGUCCCACCAUGGAGCGGAUUCGUGAACGUUUGAAGAACAAAUCUACGUCUGCAGAGACAGUUAAAUUAAGAAAGAGGAGAUCUAAACUGUAUGACAAACAUGCUGGUGCUAAGCAGGAAGAGUUCUUGGGCAUCAAUAUCUAUGUGUUCUCUGUGGCCUUCCGCCUUGUCAACUGCUUCUUUGUUCAGACCAGUUUUGUUCCUGAUGAGUACUGGCAGUCUCUAGAAGUUUCUCAUCGCAUGGUCUUCAAUUAUGGCUAUCUAACCUGGGAAUGGGUCGAAGGAAUCAGAGGAUAUUCUUAUCCACUUGUUUUUGCAGUUCUUUACAAAGUGCUGCAUAUUUUCAAUUAUGAUGUGCCUCAGCUUUUGGUGUGGCUGCCUCGUGUUCUCCAAGCACUCCUGGCUGCAUAUACUGAUGUUAAACUGUACAUGAUUGUUCGAAAUCUAGAAAACCCAGAUGUUGCCAAACUAACAUAUUUCUGUCAGCUAUGUUCCUGGUUCACAUGGUAUUGUUGCACGAGGACCCUGACCAACACCACAGAGACCAUGCUCACAGUGCUGGCUCUCUAUUACUACCCACUGCCCGGAUCUAAAACACACAACAGUUCAAAGUAUUUGACCCUGGUGGCGUUGGCGGUGAUUGUUCGCCCGACGGCCCUGAUUGUCUGGCUUCCCCUGUUGGCGUUCCAUUUCUGGAGGGACAAUAGUAAGCUACGGCUUAUACUCCACCAUGCUCUUCCCAUUGUUGCCUUGAGUCUUGGACUGACCACCAUUAUUGACAGUCUUUUCCAUGGACAGUGGGUCCUGGUCCAUUGGAACUUCCUGAAGUUAAAUGUCCUUCACAAUGUAUCUGAGUUUUACGGGUCCCAUCCAUGGCACUGGUACUUUACUCAGGGUUUCCUGGUUGUGUUAGGACCCCAUCUCCUAUUCUUUCUCCACGGCUGCUCGCUGGCUCCCAAGAGACACAGAGUGCUGUUAUUCACAAUAGCCUGGACACUGAUUGUUUACAGUUUACUUGCUCACAAGGAAUUCCGGUUCAUCUACCCCAUCCUGCCGAUAUGUAUAAUAUUUUGUGGCACCUCACUGGCUAACCUCACUACCUGGAGAAGAGCAGCCGUGUUUUUCCUGGUGGUGGCCAACCUCCUUCCCGCCCUGUACACGGGCCUGGUUCACCAGCGUGGCACUCUGGAUGUCAUGGGGCACCUCCAGGACUUAUGUGACCCAGCGACCUCGAACUCAUCUCAGCCUCAAGUGCUCUUCCUCAUGCCAUGCCACUCCACACCCUUUUACAGCCACGUCCACUGUCCAGUAAGCAUGCGUUUCCUGGAGUGUCCCCCGGACCUGGCAGGGGAUGGCAGUGUGGAGGACGAGGCUGAUGACUUCUACUUCGAGCCCUUAGCUUGGCUGCGGAGAACAUAUCCCCUGCAGGAGUCCCUACCGUCUCACCUGGUGUUCUUUAACGUGCUGGAGAAGGAAAUCUCAACAUUUCUGGAGGCAAAUGCAUUUACUAAACAAACUGAGAUCUUCCAUGCUCAUGUUCCUGAAGGUCGCGUUGGAGAAACUAUCUUCAUCUACACACGACAAAUCUGAAUGUAUGAGAGAGAGAGAGAGAGAGAGAGAGAGAGAGAGAGAGAGAGAGAGAGAGAGAGAGAGAGAGAGAGAGUUGUACGUAUCCAAAUAAGUUGUCUUGCCACUGCAGAAUUGCUCAUUUAAGACUAUUUUUUAAAACUACUGUAUAAUUUAUGAAGCUGAGCUUUUGCACUUGAACACAAAUUUAAUAAAACAUUAUUUCUGACCUUUCUUCA